GUCUCCCCACAGGUGCCCGAGUGGAGGAGUUCCUGUAUGAGAAGCUGGACAGGAAGGUCCCCUCAAGGGUCACCAACGGGGAGCUGCUGGCUCAGUACAUGGCAGACGCGGCCAGUGAGCUGGGGCCGACCACCCCCUAUGGGAAGACACUGAUCAAGGUGGCAGAAGCCGAAAAGCAACUGGGAGCUGCGGAGAGGGAUUUUAUCCACACGGCCUCCAUCAGCUUCCUCACACCCUUGCGCAACUUCCUGGAGGGGGACUGGAAGACCAUCUCGAAGGAGAGGCGGCUCCUCCAAAACCGGCGUCUGGACUUGGAUGCCUGCAAAGCGAGGCUGAAGAAGGCCAAGGCUGCAGAAGCCAAAGCCACGACGGUGCCUGACUUUCAGGAGACUAGACCUCGUAAUUACAUUCUCUCGGCCAGCGCCUCCGCGCUCUGGAAUGAUGAGGUGGACAAGGCCGAGCAGGAGCUCCGCGUGGCCCAGACAGAGUUUGACCGGCAAGCAGAAGUGACUCGUCUCUUGCUGGAGGGAAUCAGCAGCACUCAUGUGAACCACCUGCGCUGCCUCCAUGAGUUCGUCAAGUCUCAGACAACCUACUACGCACAGUGCUACCGCCACAUGCUGGACUUGCAGAAGCAGCUGGGCAGAUUUCCAGGCACCUUCGUGGGCACCACAGAGCCUGCCUCCCCACCCUUGAGCAGCACCUCACCCACCACCGCUGCGGCCACUAUGCCUGUUGUGCCCUCUGUGGCCAGCCUGGCCCCUCCGGGGGAGGCCUCGCUCUGCCUGGAAGAGGUGGCCCCUCCUGCCAGUGGCACCCGCAAAGCUCGGGUGCUCUAUGACUACGAGGCGGCCGACAGCAGUGAGCUGGCCCUGCUGGCUGAUGAGCUCAUCACUGUCUACAGCCUGCCUGGCAUGGACCCUGACUGGCUCAUUGGCGAGAGAGGCAACAAGAAGGGCAAAGUCCCUGUCACCUACUUGGAACUGCUCAGCUAGGCAGGUCCCCCCACCCCCCACAUUCUGGCCUGGGCAGGAGAGGAUGGGCAUAGCCCUGCCACUUACCUUGUUUGUUGGUGACACUUCUGUUCAGAGUGGGGAGAAUUCACCCCAUUCUGUCCCUGCUCCUGGUCACCUAGCUGUGAGGGUGCCUGAGGCUGAAUGGCCCCGCCCCUCCCCCAGCCCUGCUUCUGACCUGUGGCUCUGGAGCCCCUGCCCCUGCCUGCAUCCCUGAGCGCCCCACCCUCCCGGCUUCACUAAGGAGGGAGGGUUUGUCUGAAGCAGCUGCACUCAGCACCUAGGCCAGGGUGGGGCCGCAGAUGGGCUCAGGAAGCCCCAGGUGCACUCAGUGAGAGCCCUGCCUUUCAAUUGCCAAAAGCUGCAUGGGGGAAUGCAGCAAGGCACACAGAGCUCUGGCAGCCCCUGGGGACUGGGCGCUGCCCCUGGGAGGGGAGAGCCUGGCCAGGGCUGGUGUUGGGCCCGGAGCAGCAUCUUCCGGUGCUAUCCUCCCCUCCCACCCCUCACAGCUCAAGCCAAGUCCAGCGGCCGCAGCCUCCACCUCUCCACACUCACUUUUUAUCUGGUGUUUUUACUUCUGCCUGCGUUUGCUCUCUAGCCAAUAAACCCUCCUUGUGUGCGAGUCACCUGGGCUCCUGUCAGGGCCUGGCCCUGAGGGUGGGAAAGGGAAGGGUAGACUCACCCCCUGCCCCACUCUUCCUGGGUGGGGUGACCCCCAGAGUGAGCAGGGGCCCUGCGGCUGCCCUGGCCACCAGCUCUCUAAGUUGGGAAGUGCAGCCCUCCCUACCUUCCGCGGGGCCUGUGCCUCUCAGAGGGCAGUGCUGUUCCUGGACAUGAAGCUGCACAAGGAAUGUUUUAUUCCUAAGAGAAAGUUUCCUAAAUUUGGAUUGUGGACUGUAGAAUGUGCCUGACAGUUCAAACUCAAGUGGGUAGUGGUCCGCGCUGUCUGCAUGUUGGGCAUUUUGCCCAGCACGUGCCCCUGUGCCACGGGUUCUCAUGCCAUCCUCAGUGUCCACAUUUCACAGAUGAGAUCAGCAAGACAGUCACCUCCUCAAGGGACCACAACUGGCAAGUGGCUGAGCAGAGACUGAAGCCGAGGCAGCCUGAUUCUAGAAACCCUAAGUGGUGGCUGUGUUUUAGAUGGCCCCUAGCAGGACCUGGCAUUCUGACUUCAGUCCUGAGAAGGCCAACAGCUAGUAGGCCCCACUGUUGGGGCUUCUGAAGAGGAGAUGGGGGGUUGACAGGGGAACCGGGCUAUAAAUAGGAAGGCACAGAGCUUCAAGAAAGGCUCACCCAGGGAUGAGCUCAGCCCACUGGGCCAACGAAACCAGGGCCAAGGACACAACCAGGGCAGGCCAAGGAAGGGAACAGCACCCACUCAGCCUAACCCUCAGCCUAUGGACAGGAAUGAGGAGAUGCUGGUGAACUGGCCAUCUAUCAAUACCUGCCUUCCCCCGAGGCUGCAGCCCCACUCCCAGGCGCCUGGCCAGGGGAGUUUUCUAGGUUCUGAGAGCCAGGUCAUCAUCCCUGGGCUUUGAAGUUAAAUAUCACACAGCUGUCUAUAAACAGGAUUUUAAUAUUUGUA